GAUCAACCUGCCGAACAAGUCACCCUACCCGAUGGUUGGGGGCCUCCGCUUCUGGGUAAAGUCCUCAGCCUGGCACGUCCUGUUGCUGUUUCUCCUCCAGACGAGCUCCAGUCCUACCUCUACCACGAACAACCCGCUUCAAGCAGAGCCUUCUCAAGGUCCUCCUUCAUCCAAAGGGCAAUCUCAUUCGACAUCCUCACAAUCCAGUCUACCUCCUUCCCCAACCGUUCACAAAAGCACUCUAUCAUCCCAGAGUUCCACAAUCUCCACGGCAGCUAUAUCGAGUUUAUUCGAAAGAUGGACUCAUCAGUAUACCAAGAUCCGAUUGAUCGAUCGAUUGCUCUAUCUUCCCCUCGACGCUUCUCCCUUUUUGCAUGCCCUGAAACCUAACCCACUCGCACCCAUGAAUGGUCCCAGCUGCAAAAAAGUCGUCUCGGCCGAGGAUGUAUCAAAUAAUUCCCCUACCGUCAGGGUCUUGGCCAAAUCUGUGGAAAUGAGCGGAUGGAACGUUAAGGAGCUCUUGUGUGAAAUCGCCAAGUUACUUUCCCCACAGUAUUCCUUUCAAGAAACUCAAACAGAGAAAGACGAGACGGUGGAUAAAGUUAUCGAAAAAGCAACGGAUAUCAUGGAGAGAGCUUGUAAAACGAACCCAGAACUAGUUAUGAUGGCUCUGAUUCAAGUCCCUACACCUUGGGCGAUGCUCACAACGACCUGACGGCCCGAUUACUCCAGUCUUUCCUCAAAGGGCACCCUUCCCAUCAGCUUGUCUUCCUGAGGAUUUGGCAGCUCGACCCUGACUUUUUGAUGACCGCCUUGCGCGACUUUUACCACGAAAACGAGAUGAAUGUGACUCGGGUGUUGGACAUCACCCAAGACCUCAAGAUCCUCGAUCAAGUACUAAACUAUCAGCCUGAUGUCAACAUGAUCAUCGAUAUCGCCUCACUGGCCAGUCGACGAGAGUAUUUGAACUUGGAGAAAUGGGUUGGUGAUCGGAUUGUACAAUACGGGAGCUCGUUCAUCAACGGUUGCUUGGACUUUUUGAGCAAAAAGGUUAAACACGAUCUGCUCCGACAGUCUAUCGUCAACCAAGAUACCAGUCCAGCCCCCGUUCCAGAAUCUGCGACCCUCAGCCUUAGUGCCCCGACGGUAUCGAUCUUUAUCCGGACUAUCCGUAUGAAUCACGAGCUUCUGAGUUUGGAAGAGCUGGAGCGCUUUAAAGAAACUCGAACUCAAGCGAUCCAGCUACAUCCCAAGUUGAUGAAUUUCAUGCCAGGAAAUGAAGACGAACCUGGGAUGCAAGUUUCGUCCUUCGAUUCAAGAAUCGAGGCAGAAGUAGAUUCGUUUUACAAAAAAAUGUACGAUCUUGAAUUGUCGGUCGAUCAUAUCAUUUUGAUCCUCAAGUCGAUGCGGGACUCGCCGGAUCUCAAAAACCACCAGUUUCUUGCUUGCUUGCUAUCAGGACUGUUUGACGAAUACAAGUUCUUCUCCACUUACCCAUCCAAGGAACUCAAUCUCACAGCAUCACUAUUUGGUUCUCUAAUCCGAGAGCAACUGAUAGGCUACGUUCCUCUUGGGAUCGGUGUCAGAUACGUUCUGGAUGCUAUACGGAAUCCCAUCGAAUCCAAGUGGUACGAGUUUGGCAGUAUGGCUCUAAGCAAAUUUGUCAAUCGAUUAGAAGAAUGGCCACAGUUAGCAUUGGCCGUAUCCGAGGUCGAAUCUCUCAAAUUGACACAUCCUGAUGUGUACCUUCGCGCCAAAACAGUCUUGAAUGGCGAAAAUUACAAAGGAUGUUUACCUCUCAACCAUCGUCGGUGACCCUGACGAAGAUGCUGAGAACAAACUCGAAGCUAAAAGAUGCAAACGAAGACGGAGAGGAUGACCCCCGAGUCGUCUUCCCUGCAAUUAAAUCCGAUGAUGACUUAAUCCUACGCGAAAUUCGUCGCCGGAAGAAAUUGGCCGCUUUGGAUGCUGCUAGUGGUCGACCGGCCGAACCAGAGGAUAGGUUGGGUAAUAAAAAAUUGAUUACAUCGAAGAUGGAAUUCUUAGAGCCUGAGGAACACAUCUCGGAUAAAAUUCUAUUCAUCAUCAACAACUUGGCCUUCAACAAUCUCGAAACCAAGUUAACGGAGAUGUCGAGUCAAAUCAAGCCAGAACACUACAACUGGUUUGCGAAGUACCUCGUCAAUCACCGAGUCUCGAUCGAACCCAACAAUCACUCUCUUUACCUUCAAUUUCUAGACAAGCUUGCACUCCCUCAUAUGUAUAAAAAAAUUAAUAAUGAAACUUUAAUUAAGUGUGUAAUAAUGCUCAAUUCGGAACAAACGCUCAAGUCAGGAACGGAUCGGACGAUUUUGAAAAACUUGGCAUCUUGGCUCGGCUCACUGACGUUAGCGAAGAACUUGCCGAUCAAGCAUCACAACAUUGCCUUCAAGGACCUCUUACUUCAAGGUUUUCGAUCUAACCGGUUGAUCGUGGCCAUCCCAUUUGUGUGUAAGGUACUCGAGCAGUCAAGCAAAUCGAAAGUCUUUAGGCCACCGAAUCCAUGGCUGAUGGGUAUCCUCAAGCUACUCAUUGAACUUUAUCAUUAUGGAGAACUAAAGUUGAACCUGAAGUUCGAGAUUGAAGUCCUCUGCAAGGCUUUGGAGGUGGAGUUGAAGGAUGUGAAGCCGACGGAGAUGUUGAAGAAACAGGAAGAACUUAGCCAACAACGCCAAGAGGUUGAAGAGGUGAAAGCGGCAGCCCGAUCGCUCGCGGCUGCACAACAGCAAGCCGAGCAACAGCACAGUCAUCUAUCGAUCGAAAACGUUAUCGGAAGGGCUACGGGUACUCUGAAUCCGAACAGCGUCCCCUCCGCCGGUACCUCGAUCACUGCCACACAACCCUUAGAGAAUGCGGGCCCCAACAAUCUCCCAGCUGGCUCUCACAGUCUAUCCCUCAACGGACAAGCUGGUUAUGCCAGCAGCCUUCAAGAUCUGUUGAAGCAGGCGUUGCUCGAGUUACCUCUAUUGAUGACGUUUUCAACUGAGGUUGUCUUGAAUAAUAACAUUCUUUGGAAGCGAGUGGUGUUUACUUCAAUCGAGAGAGCCAUUCGAGAUAUCAUCGGUCCAGUAGUCGAACGAUCAGUGACGAUUGCAAAUAUUUCGACUCGAGAGAUGAUCUUGAAAGAUUUUGCCAUGGAAGGCAAAGAAGACCAGAUGCGAACCUCCGCCCAUAUGAUGGUUAAAAACUUGGCAGGAUCUCUAGCGUUGGUCACCACGAAAGAACCUCUACGUAACCAAAUCCUGGUCAACAUUCGCUCCCUGUCAAUUCAGAAUGGAUUUCCAGAACAUAAUGUGUCAGACGAAGAGAUUCAACAGGUUACCGCUGACAAUCUGGACGUCGCCUGUCAGGUGAUCGAAAAGGUCGCCACUGAUAAGGCCAUCCUCGAGAUCGACAACAGUCUAGCAUCUGCUUAUGAAGCCCGUCGAAGACAUCGUGAACAUACCAACAGUGCAUUUUGGGAUACCUCUGCCAUGGCCGCUUCGCAUUACUCCGGAAUGUUACCUAACCCUCUCAAGUUGAAGCUGGGUGGUCUCGAGCCAGAGCAGUUGAGAAUAUACGAAGAAUUUUCAAAUGUUCGAGAUGACAGCAAUCCUUCCAACGCUAUGGCUGUGCAACAGCAACAGCACUCAUGGCAAUCACAGCAGCAACAACAACAACAACAACAACAGCAGCAGCAGCAACAACAGCAACACCAGCAGCUACAGCUACAGCACCAACAACAGCAGCAGCAGCAGCAUCUGCAACAACAACUUCAACCGCAAGGCCCCGUCCCAGGUCUUGAUGCGGCUCGUUCCCCUGCUCUGGCUGAGAGUACUCCUAAUUUACUUGUCGGUCCAACUGAAAACGCGAAUCGCCCACUUAAUUCACUUUCAGAGGCUUUGACUCGUAUCAAUUCAUUGGCAGGUGAGAUCGAGAGACUGGUUCUGACGGUUACAGUCGAAAGCUUAGCUGAGAUUGGCGAGAAUCACGAGAUCCGUGGCUUGAUCACUGAGAUCCUGAAGAUGCUUCGUCAAGCCAAUCCGACGCUCAAAGACCAGUUGACGUUAUCGUUUGCUCAGAAAUCAGUCGCGAUGCUCUAUCGAUCUGAAUCCAAAUUGGGCCGGGAUCUGUUUGUGAACCUCUUGGAGGAGAUCUGUGAGAUGACACCGAAAGUCGCUCACGAAGUUAGUCAAUGGUUAAUCUACGCCGAAGAUGAGCGCAAAUACAAUGUGCCCGUGACAUUGGUGUUAAUCACCCAUCAAAUCGUGUCCCUUGGGGAUUUCGACGCCCAAUCCGCCAAGUUGAUCCUCCGGGACUACAAACCAAGUCUGAUGAACUACGUGGCCGAGUUCAUUGAGGCUUGUGUUAUGGGAUCAGAGUCUUCGUUGAUACCUAUUGGACUUUUGAAACAUUCCAUUCAAGCCCUCCAACGAGCGAUUCAAAUCGGUCGUGCAACACCAAAGGUGACCUCUAUCAUGCAAAACAUUCAGGAUAAGCUUCCCGCUCUCGGCAGUGCUAAGGAUUUGGGACCUGUGACCAUCAAAUCGAUCAACGACGAGGCUGGCCUACGGGAGCAACUUAGUUUCUGCUUUGCUGAAUGGGUUCGGAUGUACUCGAGCUCGUACUCAGUCGAGAAGCCAUUUAUCGAGUUCAUCAGCUCGCUCCAAGCACAUGGGAUCCUAAAGGGCGAAGAAGUCUCGUCCCUGUUCUUCCGGGUGUGUAUGGAAGUCAGCAUUGAUGCUUACAUCAAAGCAAAGGCGUCCGGCAGUACAGCCGCCCGAGGGAUCUUCCAGCCUGUAGAUGCCUUUGCGAGAUUGAUCUCCUUGAUGAUCAAGUACCAUACCGACCCCACUGGAAUCGACAUCGAGCGAGCAAAAACACAUUACAUGUCCAAGUUGCUGUCGAUCGUGUUGAUGGUCAUGGGUCAGUUUCACAAGGAACUUGGCGAGCAUUUCCAACAAAAGCCUUUCUUCCGGUUCUUCUCUGGGCUGUUGGUCCACAUCAAUGCGCUGGAAACUCAUUUGGGAAGCUGCUAUCAAUCCGUCAUGAUGACCUUGAGCAACCUCAUCGAGUCUAUGCAACCUUCCAACUUUCCAGGCUUCACUACAUCAUGGAUGGCCUUAAUCAGCCAUCGGCUAUUGAUGCCCAAGCUUCUGAUGUUCAAGGAUCGGGAAGGAUGGUCAACUGUACACCGGCUGUUACUUGGCCAUCUGCGAUUCCUUCGUCCAUUCCUUGCCUCGGGCACGCUUGAUGAUGUCGGCCGGACGCUUUACACCGGCACCGUCCGAAUCUUCCUGGUCCUUUUGCAUGACUUCCCUACCUUCCUCUCUGUAUAUCAUCACUCCCUCUGCUCAGCACUACCACCCCACUGCAUUCAGCUCUCUAAUCUGAUCUUGGCAGCCUUCCCACUCGGAGUCCGACUCCAUGAUCCGUUCGUCCCUGGCUUCAACCUCGAGAGCUUGCCCGAUUCGCGAAUCAGUCCGACCAUCAUCUCCGACUUCACCCAUGUUCUCGAGCAAGCCGACCUUCGUCAAUUAGUCGAUAAGGCCACCUCCGCUGCAUCCCCGCAGAUCGCCGUCGGGCCCAUCAAGGAUCGACUGACUCAUCCCACUAAAGCUACCGAGGGCACUGUCUACGAUAUCCCCCUCCUCAACAGCCUCGUCCUCUACCUCGGUGUCCAGGCUAUUCUCCGAGUUGAACGCGAAUCUGUUCCGUUGUACGAUUCCAGCUGUACUUCGGCAACCAUCUACAAACAAUUAGUCAACGAGAUUGAUCCCGAAGGUCGAUACUUACUUCUUGUAGCCGCCAUCCAGCAGCUGCGGUGGACAAACAGCCAUACCCUCUGGUUUUCAUCGCUCCUCAUUGACACCUUUAUGAGCUCGGAUUCGGAGGUGGUGAAGGAACAAGUGGCGCGGGUGUUUUUGGAACGCUUGCUCGUUCAACGACCCCAUCCGUUUGGGAUGAUCUAUGCAUUCAUCAAAUUCUUGAGUCAAUGUGGUACGACUACAACCGCUAAUACUAAUAGUAAUCUUAAUCAUGGGAAUCAUCAUAUUGGGAAUGGGAAUGGGAAUGGGAAUACUUUGGCGAUGGAGAAGGCUGGCGACGCGGAAGGCUUAGGCUCGUCCUUGGAAUCCCUCAAGGUCGUCAAAAAGUCGCAGGAAUUGAUGGCCUUGUUCGCGAUCUGUAGAAAACAUGUGGUUCAGAUUAACUAAACCAACCUACUCAAAAACAAACCAAACCAAACAAUAUCUUAAUUACUCCUUCCUUGUCGUAGCUCAAUAUAUAUAUAUAAUUUUAUAAACAUUAUAUCUUUGAUCAAAUUUCCAUUUAUUCCUUUAUAUACUACAAUAAAAAACUGAAGAAGAAAAAAAUAGCACACAAAAAAAGAGGAAGAGGAAGAAUAAUUAUAUGAAAUAGUAUGCAUGUUCUUUAGGGUUUUGAUUUUAGUUUAUCUUGUUUCAUUUUUUCAUUUUAGGGUAUUUUUUGAUUUCAAUUUCCAUUUUUUUUUUACAAAUAUAACCUUUCUUUUUUGAGAAUACAUAUGUGAGAGACUUACUUUUUUCUUUUGUUUUGUUUUGGUAUAUCCACCAAGAAAAAAAUAAACAUAUACAGUAGUAGUAUUUUUUUUUCUUUUCUUCGAAUCUUAUUUCACAUUUUUUGAUCUUCUUUUAGUUCAAGUUUCUAUGUUCCAUAAUAUAAAGAUAUAAAGAUAUAUAUAUAUAUAACUGUUUUUCCUUGUUCCAGAUUGUUUGUCUCUUAUGGUUCUUUAUCAUAAUCCUAGGUUGUUACAUUUUACUUACUUACUUACUUUGCUAAAUCUCUCCUCUGUUUUUUUGUUU